AAACAACACUCAAAAGUCUCUUCUUCUUCUUCUUCUUCUUCACAUCGAUCAUCAUACAACAACAAAAAAUGGAUUACAGAGAAUCCACCGGUGAAAGUCAGUCAAAGUACAAAGGAAUCCGUCGUCGGAAAUGGGGCAAAUGGGUAUCAGAGAUUAGAGUUCCGGGAACUCGUGACCGUCUCUGGUUAGGUUCAUUCUCAACAGCAGAAGGUGCCGCCGUAGCACACGACGUUGCUUUCUUCUGUUUACACCAACCUGAUUCUUUAGAAUCUCUCAAUUUCCCUCAUUUGCUUAAUCCUUCACUCGUUUCCAGAACUUCUCCGAGAUCUAUCCAGCAAGCUGCUUCUAACGCCGGCAUGGCCAUUGACGCCGGAAUCGUCCACAGUACCAGCGUGAACUCUGGAUGCGGAGAUACGACGACGUAUUACGAGAAUGGAGCUGAUCAAGUGGAGCCGUUGAAUAUUUCAGUGUAUGAUUAUCUGGGCGGCCACGAUCACGUUUGAUUUAUCUCGACGGUCAUGAUCACGUUUGAUCUUCUUUUGAGUAAGAUUUUGUACCAUAAUCAAAACAGGUGUGGUGCUAAAAUCUUACUCAAAACAAGAUUAGGUACCACAGAGAAACAAUCAAAUGGUUGUGAAUAUACAUUAUAAGGUUUUGAUUAAUGUUUGUUUCACUGAUUUAGUGAAGUUUGGUCCAUUGUAUACAAAUCUAUUCAAGAAACCUAGCGCGAGAUCAUGUUUCGUGAUUGAAGAUUGAGAUUUUUAAGUAUUCGUAAUAUUUUUGUAAAAUACAAAUAUGUUUCUGAUC